GAUAUCGGCAAUUCCAGUAUUUUCUGGCAACACCGCAGUGCAUUUGGCGCGCGCGCGAAACAUUCCUCCAAAUCCAACAUGGCGUCAGCUGAGCCCGCGCGCCGCUCGCCCACCACCUGAAGUGCCGUCAAAAUUACCCUAAAAAACCAGCCCCUGGUACCAUUCCACCGAGUGUAACAGAUUACAGAUAUAUUUUGCUACAAUGUUAUAGUGUUGGGAGUGUGUGGUGUCGGGUAUUUCGAGUGUGAAGUGAUAUUUAGUGUGUUGUAUGAGUGUCCCGAAUGGAGCGGCGGAGGACGAGGGAAGGGACCCGCCGGGCAGCUUGGAUCAGCUCACAAAAUGCGUCGGCGGCGACGGCGCGCGCGGCCUGCCGGGCAGCCUGGCGCGGGGGGCCGCCGGCCCGCGCCCCCGCGCCCGGUUCUGGCCGCAGCUGUGGGCCACCGUGGUCCGGAACCUGCUGCUGAAGAAGAGGGACACUAGGAAGACGCUUGCGGAGGUGCUCGUCCCGCUCUACUCGCUAGGCGUGCUGAUCUUCCUCAAGAUGCUCGUGCCGAACCCCAACUUCCCCGAGGUGCGCGCGCCGGGCCAGCUGCUGCGGCUGCGGCACGCGCUGCCCGACAACCACACAGUUGCUGUUGUCGCUGAUUGGCUGCACCAUAAUGGGACUGAGCUGUUCCUAGAGCAGAUCAACCUCGGGCUCCUAGAAACCAAGCAGCCACCGAUCCAGUGGAUCCGCUACCGCAACACCACGGAGCUGAACGACGCGUACCACGGCGACGCGCGCAACUUCCCGCUCGCCGUCGUCUUCCACAGCGACCCGAGCGUGCCGGGCGAGGGGCUCAAAUACACAAUCCGCACCAACCCGUCCCGCUCCGGCACCCCCUCCACCCGCGCGCUCACCACCUCCCCCGCCAAGUGUCGGGAGCGGACGCAGUCCGGCGACUGGUCCACCGACUGGUCGCGCGGCGGACAGCUGAUCCCGCUGUCGGACAUGCAGAGUGAAGACGUGUGUCCGGUGCUGCAGUAUUACUACUCUGGAUUCUUGGCGCUGCAGUCACUGAUUGAUCAUACGAAGAUCAAGAUGGACACGGAGUCCCCGUUCCCGGCGCCGCGCGUGGACCUGCGGCAGUUCCCGAAGCGGCAGCACACGGGCGACUGGCUCGUCAUCUUCCGCGUCAUCAUGCCCAUGUAUAUGGUCAUGACGCUGUCGCAGUUCAUCACAUACCUGCUGAUGUUCGUGGUGGGGGAGAAGGAGAAGAAGAUCAGGGAAGGCAUGAGGAUCAUGGGGCUCAAGGAUUCCGUCUACUGGUUUUCAUGGUUCCUAAUUUACGCAGUGUUCGUCACCGUACUUUCCGUCGUCAGCACAGUCUUGCUCUUCACUUUGAAGGUGUUCCAGCAUUCCUCCUACGUGUUGAUAUUCCUGUUGAUGCUGCUGUUUGGUUUCACCAUCAUCACCUUCGCCUUCAUGUUGACUCCCUUCUUUGAUAAGGCUAGGACGGCGGGCAUCCUGGGCAGCUUCGCGGUGAACCUGAUGAGCGGGCUGUACUUCAUCCAGGUGUUCGUGUCCAACGCCGACUCGCUCGCCUUCUGGUUCGUGUCGCUCAUCAGCUCCAGCUGCUACGCUCUCGCUAUGGACAAGGCGUUAGUCCUGGACAUGGCGGGCGUGGGCGUGACGUGGGACAACCUGUGGAGCGGGCCGGGCGUGCCGUUCGGGGGCAGCCUCAUCAUGAUGGCGGUGGACACCGUGCUCUACGCGCUCGCCGCCUACUGGCUCGACGCUGUUAUGCCUAGUGAAUACGGCAUAAAGCAGAAGCCGUGGUUCUGCCUGCUGCCGUCGUUCUGGUGCAAGCGCUCGCGCGGCCGCGUCUCCACCGUGCACUGCCACUCCAACGGGGAGGCCACGCAUAAUAACAAGGAUAUCGAGCCGGUACCCAGAGAGCUCCAAGAUAAAGAAGCCAUCCGCAUCGUAGGGCUCCAGAAGAGUUUCCGUCACUGCCGGCGCGCGGAGAUCAAGGCCAUCGACGGCAUCGAGCUCAGCAUCUACGAGGGGCAGAUCACGGCGGUUUUGGGGCACAACGGGGCUGGCAAGAGCACGCUGUUUAAUAUACUGACUGGUUUAACUGCUCCUUCUGCUGGCACCGCCUAUGUGUAUGGAUUGGAUGUUAGGGACGCGAACGACAUGCACGAGAUCCGGCAGAUGAUCGGCGUGUGCCCGCAGCAGGACGUGCUGUUCGACCUGCUCUCCGUCAAGGAACAUCUGCAGUUCUUCGCCGCUAUCAAGGGCAUACCUCGUAAAACCCGGCAGCACGACGUGAGCAAGGCGCUGGCGGAGGUGGGGCUGUCGGACCAGGCCGGCGUGUUCUCCAAGCACCUCUCCGGAGGGCAGAAGAGGAAGCUCAGCAUCGCCAUCGCGCUUAUUGGGGAUCCUAAGAUAAUAAUCCUGGACGAGCCGACAGCGGGCGUGGACCCGGUCUCUAGGAGACAGAUGUGGCGCAUCCUGCAGCGCGCGCGCCGCGGGAAGGUGCUGCUGCUCACCACGCACUUCAUGGACGAGGCCGACAUACUGGGGGAUCGGAAGGCCGUCAUUAGUAAGGGGAGGGUCCGAUGUGCUGGCACAUCGUUGUUCUUGAAGAACAAAUUCGGUAUUGGAUACCACUUAACCCUCGUCUUAGACGGAGCGUGCCGCGAGCACCAGAUCACCCGCAUGGUGCGCGGGCACGUGCCGCGCGCGGAGAAGGCGCGGCGCCACGGCCGCGAGCUCAGCUACAUCCUGCCGCACUACGCUGCGCACCUGUUCCCACCGCUCUUCCACGCCAUCGAGCAUGAGAUCAGGGAGAGGACCAACCGGUUGGGUAUAACGAGCUACGGAGUGUCAAUGACGACGUUAGAAGAAGUGUUCUUGAGUCUAGAGGGAGAGAAUACGGAAGAGAUGGAGACAGAAGGAGUGUCGUCGGUGAAGCUGGUCAGGGCACGGGCGUUGUCAAGGAGUUUGUCUUUGCAGAGCAAGACUUUGAGUUAUCAGGAGUUGAACGACAAAGAUUCCCAGCAGAAAGCUACAUCUCUGCCUACUCCACCAGCCUCACACGCACUUCAUUCUACGAAUCAUGGGGUUGAACAUGUUAAGGUAACACCAGCGGAAGCGCCAUUAUCAGUAGACGUCCUAGGAGAAAUAGUUAAAACAAAACCAAGUUGUUGGAGAACAUUCUGUGCCCUCGUGUACAUCCGGACUGUGCGGAUGAUCAGGGAUCCAUACAAGUUGUACGUCAUGAUCUUCAUGCCUAUAAUCUCAUGCGCCCUUGGCCUGUAUAUGAAGUCAAAACAAAUAGUGUUUUUCCGUAUGCAACCUCUCAAAUUAGAUCCAAACGCAUACUUAAAUAGAACUCCAAUAGCACUGCACAAUGACGGAAGCAUCUUCAAAGAAAUUGUAGACUUAAGAGACUCACUAGAAACGUUAGGAGCGAAUCCUAUAGUAGAUUUUGAUGGUAACUUCUCCAGUUUCCUAAAUAUGGAGAACUUUGGUGCCUACUCAAUAAAGCAUAGUACGAUGCCUUAUGGAAAUAUUUUGGCCUACUACAAUAGCACAUACACGCAUAGCCUGCCUAUUAUAAUUAAUAUGUUGGACAAUAGCAUUUAUAGAGUAAUGAUGUCAGCGGCGGGCUACCUAGAAAGCUUCAAGCCUAUCGAGGUGUAUACACAUCCAUUUCAACAAACGGAGCAACAGGAAGAGUUUAAUGUGGGGAACGUGGUCUGCGCCAUCUUCAUGGGCAUGAUAUUCGCACUGGUGCCGGUCACGCUGGCCGUUGAUAUUGUCUAUGAUCGGGAGAUCAAAGCGAAGAAUCAGCUUCGUGUAAAUGGACUGUCGAUGACGAUGUACUUCUUAACUUACUUCACUAUUUUAAUAGUUAUUAUGAUCAUCACUAGCAUCGGCGUUUUAGUAUUGGUAAACCUCAACGACAUCCCCAGUCUCACGAACGGCUCAGCGCUCACGAUGCUCUCGAUUCUACUACUUCUCUACAGCCCGUCCGCCAUCUUGUUCAACACGUGUCUCUCGUACAUUUUCGACAAGAUGGACUCCGCGCAGAGCAUCAUGCCGAACAUCACCACGUGGGUCGGAGUUAUACCGUUCAUAUUGGUCGCUGUUCUUGAUACUUUUAAAUGGGGUAGCGAUAUAGCCUUCUAUCUUCAUCUAGUGUUCAGUUUCUUAAAUGUGAUGUACAUACCGUACGCUAUAAUCUACUAUGUUGAUAGAGUGUACAUGACGUGCAACCUCCGCGGGGUCUGCACGACUCCCGCCCUCAGCGCGUACCUCACGGGCGAGGUGUGCGCGCUGGUGGCGGCCAUGCUGCUGCACAUACCACUGGGCGUGGCGGCGCUGCGGCUCGCUGACAGGCAUAAGUCUACUGGUAGACUGUGUGCGAAAAAGAAAGCGACAACAUCCGCCAGCGACGCGGAGGACGUGGAAGCGGAGGCGGCGGGCGAGGGCGAGGACGAGGACGUGCGGAAGGAGCGGCGCCGCGUGCUCGCCAGCCGGAGCAGCCGGGCGCAGCCGAGCCCCGUGCUGCUGCUGCAUAAUCUCCGCAAGGAGUAUAAGGUCCGCGGCACGGAGGGCGGGUGCUGCGGCGGCGCGGACGCGGCCCCGGGGCGCCGCGCGGGCCUGGCUAGACUCAGCCUCGCCGUGGAGGGGGGGGAGGUGUUCGGACUGCUGGGGCACAAUGGCGCUGGCAAGACGACUACCAUGAAGAUUAUCACGGCUGAGGAGCAGCCUACGAGAGGAGAGGUGAUACUAGGCGGUGAGAGCGUGAGCGGCGCGCAGUCAUCCGCUUUCGAGCUGCUGGGCUACUGCCCGCAGCACGACGCGCUGUGGAAGAACGUGACUAUUCGGGAGCACCUCGAGUGCUACGCGGCCAUCCGCGGCGUCAGCAAGAGCGACGCGCCCAGGAUAGUAGAAGCGUACCUCAACGGCCUUCAAAUCAUGGAGCAUGCCAACAAGAACGCGGAGGAGUGUUCAGGCGGCACGCGGCGCAAGCUGUCGUUCGCGCUGGCCAUGGUGGGCAACCCGAGGGUCGUGCUGCUGGACGAGCCCUCCACCGGCAUGGAUCCACGGUCGAAGCGGUUCCUGUGGGAUACUAUUUUGGCUAGCUUCCAGGGCAAAAAAGGUGCUAUACUAACAACACAUUCCAUGGAGGAGGCGGACGCGCUGUGCUCCCGGGUCGGGAUCAUGGUGAAGGGAGGACUAAGGUGUAUAGGGUCGACGCAACAUUUGAAGAACCUGUACGGCGCGGGCUACACAUUGGAGAUGAAGAUCGGACAGCCGUAUCAGAAGCCGUUGGAGUCGGAUAUGUCGCUGUCGCCAUCGCCUAUUCGGUCCGGAGAAAACUCACCAUCUCUGGGAGAAGCUGAUGAAGGUGGAUCCGGCGGAGCGGCGUCGGCGGAGGCGGAGGGCGAGGCGGAGCCGGAAGUGGAGGCGGUGGACAUCAGCAUACACACGCCGCUCGUCGCCGGCACGCCGCCCGCCGCCAGGCUCACACAUCACAGAACGGAGUCAUCCGGAGGCGCGAGCGCGGAGGCGGCCAUCGCGCUGGUGUCGCAGAUGUUCCCGGCCGCCGUGCUCGAGGAGAACUUCGCGGACCGCCUCGUGUUCUCCGUGCCGCAGCGCUCCGUGUCCAGCCUCGCCAACUGCUUCCAGAGGAUCGAAGAGGCUAAAGAAAAGCUGAACAUAGUCGAGUACAGCUUCAGCCAGACGACGCUGGAGCAGGUGUUCCUGAAGUUCGCGCAGACGGAGAGCACGGAGCAGGACCAGGACUGCUAGUGGCGCCUCUAGCGGAGCUUGUAGAUAACACGCGCCGACGUACCGCCAUCUAUUGAUGACAGGCGAAGUUAAUUAGGUAUGUCCUAUUUGUACCAGCCAUAGAUCGGUAAGUAAGGAUAUAUCUCCUAUCAAGCCCACACUAUAGGCAGAGCCGUACCAUAUAGGUGUCAGACUAUACGAAUAAAUAUAAUGGUUGUAAGUUAUAAAGAUGGCGGUACGAUGGCAGUAAUGUAAUGUUAAGUGCACAUUGUGAUUCGCUGCACCCACACUGAGACGAGCCAGUUUCGAAUAGAAACAUUGGUCUGGGCCAUACUAUUUUUAGUAUAAUAAUUAUUGUGAUUUACUUAAACUGCCAGAUCGAUUAGAUUUAAUGUAGGUACUUGAUAUGAUAAUUUAGAAAUUCAGGUUCUGAGAAUAACUCUACUUAAAAGUACCAAAGCAUUAUUAGAUAACACCAAAUAAAAUUGCCAUUAUUUGAAUUACUUACUUACUUAAAUUAAAAAUGUAGCGAUGCCUUCUGUGAUUUAGCUUUAUAAACUGGUUUUCUAUGUAUAGUAGGUUUAUUAGUCUAAAGUUACUUGACCGAAAGUUUUUUCUACUGAUAAACCUCUUUGCUUUAU